AUGCAAGAGCGCGAGCGACGCGCCUUAGAGAGAUACCAGCAUUCACCAGGAUAUAAAUCUAUUCAUGCCGAGCCGGUCAUAAAUCCGAAACUGCACUCUGCCCUAUCCCUAUCGCCUUUGAGUAGGCCUCCUUCAUGCGAAGCCUCAAUUUGCAACAGUGAAGAUUCAUUGACAUCGGAUCAAGUGGCUCUUCUAAAUGCCAUGCAUUUGGUCGAUUCUUCCGAUAGGCGUGUGGAACUCAUUGCCUUAGAAGAAAGACCAAUUCCUGAUGGGGAGUUAGCCCGAUAUCAUCAGGAAUCAGCUAAGUAUCCGUCUUUAAAAAAAAGUGAAGCUGAACCAGUGAAUGAGAAAGCAAGCAUUGAAAUUUAUGAGGAAUCGACAGAUAUUCAUGAUUCACCCAAGAACUCUUGUCUCUCUGGUCAUUUAUCGGCUCUGUGUAACCAUUCUAUUUCAUUUAUCGUCAGUCCUUUAAUGGAUAAGUUCACUCAUAAGACGGCCGACUGUCAGCCAAUGGAUCAGUCUCAUUUUAGUUCAGGGCCUGGCGAUGAGAUAUUGUUGCUUGAUUCUGAGCCGCUGCCCAAUCAACCCAAAGCAAGGCCGAUACAACUCAACAUCAAAUCUGUGGAGUCAGAUUUGUUGUCUGCUGGAUCUAAGUUGAUUGCCCGCGAUCACUUACUGACUGGGUCUCUUGCGGAGCACAAAUCAAUAUGCCUUAACAUAUCUGGAUCUGUCAAUUCUAUCGAUACAAUCAUCUUAGGCCCAAAGCCAAUCUUUACCAAUACAGCGCCAUCACUGACUCGACAUACUUCUGUUGUCCAUUCCAGCGUCGAGUCGAGCACCUCCAGUACUAUAGGUCCCACGGAUACGCUUGCAGACAUGUCAAUCAGCCUGUCAUCUGUUGCUGAUUUUAAUCUAUGCUCCCAGAUUGGCCGUCUGCGACAACACAUUCUCGCCUCUCCUCCGACUACUUAUCCCUCGGCCACGUCUUCGUCAUCUGUGUUUUCCUCUCUGUCCGACUUCCAUAGAUCUCAAAGUACAAAUAAGCUCACUGACCAUUUAGCAGGACUUCCAGGUGAU